CCGUCAAGGGCGGACAUCAGGCCACCACCAAAAACGAACAGAAAGAGAACAAACAAACAAACAAAAUUCCUACUCCGACGAAAAUUCAAUCGAAAAACAUUUUCCCGAAUCCUCACGCCUCUGAUCUUCUUUCCGUCUGUCAUCUCUCUGUUUCCGCCCGACGCCUGUGGACGGUGGCUGACUGAAUCGAAUCAAGCUUCCAUGGAUCCCUAAUUUGUCUUCCGCAUCCGAUUCUUGGUUGUUUUUUAGGAGGUUCGUCUUUUGAUCCGAUUGGAUCUUUGAUUAGUUUGUUAAGAGCGUUUUUCCUCCUGAAUUCGAUUCCAUUUUUCCGAUUUCAAGUUUAAAAUACCGGGGAGACGGACUGCGAUGACUAACGGUGAGGUGCCUGGAGGCGGGUGCGUCCCGUUGGGAACAACUGGCUCUCAUGAUCCGUUAAAUUUGUCCCCGGCGAAGUCGGAAGCGGGUGAUCUGUCGCCGGGUUCGUUGUCGGAGUACUCGUCGUGUGGGGAGUCGGAGUUCGAGAGGUAUUGUAGUGCAAACUCGGUGAUGGGGACACCCAGUAUGUGUAGCUCGCUUGGACCGGCCAACGAUUAUCUGGAGUCUGAGUUUGGUUCUCUCAGGAGUUUGGAGAAUUUUAGUUUGGGAGGGGGGAUUGAUAGGGAUGUGGAAGGACGGAAGCUGUCGGAUUCUGGUGUUGAUUGUUUGAAAAGGGGAGCGGUUGAUGUGGGGGAUGAUAGCCGUGGAGUGGGAUUUCAUGGUGGUGGAAGGGUGCUUGGAGAGACUAGUGGACUGACUGGAAAAGUGGAAGGUUGGCAAGAUGGUGUUCAUGAGGGUAAUGGUGAGGCUGGUAGUGAUGAUGCGCUUGGGAAGAUGGUGAGUGAGGGAAAUGAUGGUUUCUUAAGUGGGUUGGAGUCGGAGAUGCAUUUAAAGUCUUACAAAGAGAACGUAGGGUUAGAAGGGGAGGGCAAUGGGGAUUCUGAUGAUGAGGAUGAUUCCAUGUAUGGCUGUGGUUCAGAUGAUGAGAAUAGGAAGAAUUUGUAUGUCCAGGGAAAAGUACAAUAUAGCAAGGACGUAACAGUAGACAGCGAGAAUCCAUUGCUCAUCAAUUCGUCUGUAGCUUUUGGUUCAGAUGAUUGGGAUGAUUUUGAGCCAGAAAUCGCUGGUGGUAAUCUAGCUUCUCUUACCCUGGAUGAAUUUCAGGAGCGGCAUGGACAAGAAUUAGGAGCUCAAAGAAUGUUUCUUAGUUCCAUGCCCAUGACUGGGGCAGCGGUUGCUGGUCCAACUGAGGUGGGUGGACUUGUGACAGAGGCUCUCACUUGCAGUAAACGAAUUGCAGGUUUUGGAUCUGAUGAAGAUAUUGGUGGCUGUUCUCUGGCUCCUAUAUGUCUUCAGAAGUCUGAACCAGAGCAAUUGGAAGGGGUGAGAGAUAUUUCUGUAGCCAGUUGCCAGCUCAAAGUAACUGAUGGACUGUCCAAGGAUCAUAGAAGCUCAUCAUCUGUUGCAUCUGAUCUUUCAAGCAUUUGUGGACUAGACCAAGAGGAUGUUAGGGAUCACAGUCUUUCUUAUAAAAAUGGGGUUACUAACGUCACAGCCGAGCUUUUUAAGGACAGUUCAAUAAGUGAUUUGCAUGAGCUGGAGCUUGAUCCACUAGAUGGAAAAGUUUUUGCAGGGCUACAAUCGGAGAAUUUAAGUUCUGACAAGCAAAUGGAAUCCCAAUAUAUGAGCAGGGGGGACAUCGGUUUUAUGAGUGAUCACAAAGUCUCACAAAAUCUAGAGACUAAGAGUGUCGAAGUAAAAGUUGAUCCUCCCCUCACUCAUCAUUCUAAAUAUUCUGGGACACCUUACUUUGAAGAUCAUGAAUGGACCUCCACUCAUUCAGCAGUUCAGGAUAACAGUGGUGAAACAUCCAAAGUCACUUCAGACUUGACAGUUACCUCCGAUUAUCAUCGAAUGAAGAUUGAGACAGGAAACCUUGAGCUCAAUGAAUUUUAUGAUGAGAUUGUCAAUGAGAUGGAAGAAAUCCUUCUUGAUUCCCAUGAAUCUACAAGGCCGAAGUUCCUCCAGGGUAACUACAGUUUUCACUCACAACUAAGUUUGCCACAAAGAGAUGGUGGAAGAACUGCCUCAACUUCUGGAUCAGUUGAUACUUACUCAUUAACCAAGCAGUUGCAGAGAAUUCAUGGAGCUGAUGUGAUAGGUGCAAAGCAAAAGAGAGGAGAUGUCUCAUUCAGUGAAAGAUUGGUCGGGGUCAAAGAGUACACAGUUUAUAUUAUAAGGGUGUGGAGUGGUACAGAUCAAUGGGAGGUUGAACGUAGAUACCGAGAUUUUCUGACACUGCACCGUCAGCUCAAAUCAUUAUCUGCUUAUCAAGGCUGGUCUCUACCUUUGCCCUGGUCAUCUGUGUGGAAGGAACCCACAAAAUUGUUUGGCAGUGCCUCUCCAGAUGUUGUUUCUGAGAGAAGUGCUCUAAUUCAGGAGUGUUUGCAUUCAAUUCUACAGCCUGGGCUCUUUUCUAGUCCUCCCAGUGCAUUGUUUUGGUUUUUGUGUCCUCACGAUUCCUUGCCUAGUUCUCCUGCGUCGGAAACACAAGUAACUGGUUCUACAAUUUGGAAUGGUGGGGAAACUUCAGGAAGUCUAGCCAGUUUUGGGAAGACAAUAUCACUGGUUGUUGAAAUUCUGCCUCAGAAAUCUAUGAAACAGUUGUUAGAAGCACAGUAUGAUACUUGCGCUGGAUGCCACAAGCAUUUUGAUGUCGGUAAAACACUUAUUCGUGAUUUUGCCCAGACCCUUGGCUGGAGAAAGCCUCGGGUAUGUGAAUACACUGGUCGAUUAUUUUGUUCUUCUUGCCAUACAAACGACACUGCAGUUUUGCCAGCACGAGUACUUCAUUAUUGGGAGUUCACCGAAUAUCCAGUCUCUCAGAUGGCUAAGUCCUUCCUGGAUUCCAUACACGAUCAGCCAAUGCUCUGUGUCAGUGCCGUUAAUCCUUUCCUGUCCUCCAAGGUACCGGUCUUGCGCCAUGUUAUGAGUGUCAGGAAGAGAAUAGGAAGCAUGCUUCCUUUUCUUCGCUGCCCAUUCCGCAGGACCAUAAACAAGGGACUUGGUUCUCGAAGAUAUCUUCUUGAAAGCAAUGACUUUUUUGCACUAAGAGAUCUCAUUGAUCUCUCCAAAGGAGCAUUUGCAGCCCUCCCUGUCAUGGUUGAAACAAUGUCCUCCAAAAUCCGCGAGCAUAUAACAGAGCAAUGCCUUGUAUGCUGUGAUGUGGGAAUCCCUUGUGGUGGUCGUCAAGCUUGCGAUGACACAUCUUCACUCAUUUUUCCCUUCCAGGAAACUGAGAUUGAGAGGUGCUCCUCCUGUAACUUGGUGUUCCAUAGAUCCUGCUUCAGAAAGCUUCCAACCUGUUCUUGUGGAGCACGCCUGGGAGGCACUGAUGCUGUGAUUCUGGCUAGCAGAUCAAUCCAACCACAGGUCCAUAACAGAUCGCUGGGAAGAUCAACAUCCGGUUCAACUGCUCGGUUACUCUCUGGACUGUUCUCAAGGGGAAAGGCACACAAGGCGAGUGAUCGCAAGGACAGUGACCCUGUGAUCCCGAUGGGUUCUUUGCCUACUUCAGCACUUCUUGACAACCUUUAAGGCAUCAUCAGCUGAUUGAACUCCAAGUAACCAUCUAUCAAAGUAAGCAAAAAAAAAAUUAGGCUGGUUGAAAGAACUCCAUUUUAUUUUUGAAAUCCAAACUUUCUGGGUGCAUUCUUUGUUAAGAUUUUCCACUUGUCUUUUCUGUCGCCAUUAGAAAAUAAAAGGAACAAUUAGAUACGAAUUGUAAACCAUCAAACUCAGUUUUGAAAAGGCAUCAGAUCCUUGUUCAGAAGAAUGAAAUUUGGAGGGGGAAAAAAUGGAAACUGAUAAAGAAGAAGGAAGAUCUUCAGAUCCCUUUCUGCCAUGUCGCCUGCAAUUUUGCUUGCUGCUUUUGUUUAACUUUUCCUAACAAUGGUAUGCAUCCGAAAGAGAAGAAAGAAAAGAGAGAGUGUCUGUCUGUUCGUUUCUUUCUUUGCACUCUGCCCUGUUUUCAUACAAGUACAAUACGAGCU